UGUACUUGCUCAACUACUGUGAGCGAACUAACAAACUUUCACAAUGCAGACAGCGAGGGUCGGAUGGGUCGUUCUAUGUAAUGCCAAACAGUUAAUACGAAGACAGAUUCUUCCGACGUCGAUGUAUUUUGUGCCUGCCAUGAAUGUACACGAGUCAUCUCGUGGUGUCAAUGCAGGAAAUACGGCAACAACCGGUACCGAGCCAGUGGUAAUUCGCAUUCCCAGAUACAUGCAAAAUCGUAUUGAAAACGUUAGACACAUGAAACGCAAAAACAUUGACAAAGUCUCUACAACAAAGGCCGGGAGACUUUUAAUCAAGAGUAGAAAUCCGAAAUUCAACCAGCACGUUGGCUUCACGCUCGGGAAAUUCGAACAACCAGCUCUCUGUUCGAAGGGAUGGAAACACAACAAGUCAUGCGGGGAUUACUUUACAAUAAACAGCACUCAGAAUGCUCCGCCGUUCGUCUUCUCGGACGACGACAACGAAAGCACAGGUGUCAAAAAGAAGAGAACAUUUAGAGACCUACGCCUUUGCCCGGAGUUGGUGGAGACUUUGUGCAGUCAUAAUAUAAUUCACCCCACAACAGUUCAAAUGCAAACGAUACCUAAACUGUUACGUGGGCACAACGUUCUUUGUGCUGCCGAGACAGGUAGCGGCAAAACUCUCACUUAUCUUCUCCCAGUCAUCCAUAAACUUAAAGAGCAGAAGCUGGCUGAUUCUGAGACCAAAACUCGAGCAGCGAUUCUGGUGCCAUCCAGGGAACUGGCAGAGCAAGUGGCAUCUGUUGCCCGUGCAAUGAGCCAGCCAUUCGGGUUUUCUGUUAAGGUGGUAGGGGGUGGGAGAGGAGUGGGAAACAUUAAGCUGGUGUUUGCCGGUGGUUCGCCUGACAUUUUGGUGGCCACACCUGGCGCACUAGUGAAAGCGCUGCGUAGACACUUGUUGGAUUUGAAUGAACUUAGCUUCAUGGUGGUGGAUGAGGCUGAUACCAUGUUUGACCCAAGCUUUGCAGGCUUGUUGGAGAAAAUCCUCACGCAAACACAGGUGGCCUCACACAUUUCUGACACAGUGGGCCCAACACAAAAGGCUCAGCUGGUGGUUGUGGGGGCCACUUUUCCCGGGGGGGUUGGUGAAAUUCUCAGCCAAGUCACCGACCUGGGAAGUAUAGUGACUGUCAGAAGCCAGAUGCUUCACUAUCUGAUGCCACACAUAAAACAGACUUUUCUGAAAGUGAAGGGUGCAGACAAGCUGCUGGAGCUGCAACAGGCCUUGAAGGAGGCUGAGCGGGGCCAGAAGGGCGUUCUGGUGUUCUGUAAUUCAGCAUCCACGGUCAACUGGCUGGGCUACUCUCUGGAAGAGAUGAACGUGCGUCACCUGCGUCUCCAGGGAGAGAUGCCCGCCGCCAUGAGGGAGGGAAUCUUCCGGUCCUUUCAGAACGGGACGGCGGACGUGCUGAUUUGCACCGACGUCGGAUCGCGAGGCCUGGACACGCAGCGGGUCAAACUGGUGAUCAACUACGAUUUUCCCGAGUGCCACACCGACUACAUCCACCGGGCAGGACGCGUGGGCCGGGCGGGCGGGGCGGGAGGGGGAGAGGUGCUCAGUUUCGUCACGCACCCCUGGGACGUGGAGCUGGUACAGAAGAUAGAGACCGCGGCGCGGAGAAGGUCAUGCUUACCGGGGAUGGAAAAAGAGAUUCGCAAACCAGUUCCUAAAACAGACACAGAGGACAGCGUGUUAAAUCAGCCAUGACACAGGCUUUAGGCACUAUGCAAAUGAACUUUCAGUGCACUAUAUCUGGA